AUGUGGCUAGAAACCGGGGAAGGUGGUUCGGAUCCAGCCAUGGUUAGACGUACAGAAGCGGGAGAUGUGGUUGGUAAUUACGAGCUGGACCCUGCGCUAGUGAGAGAAUCCUACCAUGCGGCGUUCUCCGUGGAUGUGGCUAGAAUAAGCCAGCCAAACAGAUUCUCGGUUCCAAGCCGAUUUUGUCUCUCGGGCUCCGGGGAAUGGCCCCUGAAUCGGGUUGGACUCCGCAAGGAACAGCAUAUUGAUUGGUGGUCGGGUAAGGGUUGA